AUGAAAGAAGCUGCAGAAUUGAAGGAUGCUACAGAUCAUUACCAUGCUCAACCACUAGAGGAUAAUCUGUUUGAAUGGCACUUUACUGUUCGGGGUCCUCCAGAUUCAGAUUUUGAUGGUGGCAUCUACCAUGGCAGAAUUGUUCUUCCUCCAGAGUAUCCAAUGAAACCCCCAAGUAUCAUUUUGUUAACGGCUAAUGGUAGGUUUGAAGUUGGAAAGAAAAUUUGCUUAAGUAUUUCUGGUCAUCACCCUGAAACAUGGCAGCCUUCCUGGAGUAUACGAACGGCAUUAUUGGCUAUAAUUGGGUUCAUGCCCACUAAAGGCGAAGGUGCCAUAGGUUCUCUGGAUUAUACACCUGAAGAAAGAAAAGCACUUGCCAAAAAGUCUCAGGACUACUUUUGUGAAGCAUGUGGAACAAGCAUGAAGUCUGCUUUACUCCCACUAAGUUCAGAAUCCAGCCAAGAUGACAGAGAAGCCAGAGAACUUGCAAGACAGAUCAGUUUUACGGUACAUGAGCCAUGA